CCUAUGUCUUAUGCACCACCUCCUCCAUCAUACGCACCUCCGUCAUACGCCCCACCAUCUUAUGCGCCUUCCGCAGACUAUGCAGCUCCUCAAGCAGCUCCUAUCCCGCUGACACCUUUGGUCAUCCCAGACGAUGCUGACGCCCUUGGUGGCGGCGGUGGUGGCGGCGGCGGUGGUGGUAGCAUCACCAAGUUCUUUGCUCUGCCACUGAUAGUCGUACUCCCAAUUUUACUUCCUCUCAUCUUGUUCCUUGUCUUUCUGCCGAAAUUUGGCUUUCUGCCGAACUUUGGCAAGAAACCUAUUAAAAAUAAGAAGGAGUAUGAAGAUAUGAAACCUUACUACGAUGACAAAGAAUACGAAAACAACUACAUGGACGACAAGCCAAACAAAGACAACCGCAAGCGUCGUCAAGCAGACACCAAGAGUAUUUCGUCUUCUUCUUCGGGCCUGCCAUCGAUGAGCACCGCUCAAGUCAAUCGGCUGACCGACGUCGUUUUUGCUGCCAUCAACUCGCAAGAAUGUAUUCAACGGCUCCUGUGCGAAGCCGGUUCCUUUUCGCGUUCUUUCUCUGACACAGCCGAGACGGUGGCAAAAGCUGUAAAGGAGUUUGUUCCAAAAUCUAUCAAGAAUGCUUACGACGUGUUUGCCAAAGCGGAGAACUGCGAGCAGUACAAAUGUGGAUCCCUCGGAGUCCGCAAAUAACUCCAACGUUCUUUAAAACUAAUUUAAAUCUUUAACGGAGUUUAGCAACUUACAUAGUACUUCG